AGGCAGCGUCAAAAGGCAAAAAGGAAGUGAAGCAGCGUUGAUUGAUCGACUCCAUGACAGGAGACCAUGGCAAAGAAGGUAGCAGUGAUUGGAGCUGGAGUCAGUGGCCUGGCCUCUCUGAAGUGCUGUGUGGAUGAGGGGCUUGAGCCCACCUGCUUUGAGAGGACUGAAGACAUCGGAGGGCUGUGGAGGUUCAAAGAAAAUGUUGAAGAUGGCCAAGCGAGUAUCUAUCAAUCUGUCAUCACCAACACCAGCAAAGAAAUGUCCUGCUUCAGUGACUUUCCAAUGCCUGAACAUUUUCCAAACUUCCUGCACAAUUCUAAGCUCCUGGAAUAUUUCAGGAUUUUUGCCAAAAAGUUUGAUCUUCUAAAAUAUAUUCAGUUCCAGACAACUGUCCUCAGUGUGAAAAAACACCCAGAUUUUUCAUCAUCUGGCCAAUGGGAGGUUGUUACCGAGAGCAACGGCAAGGAGCAACGUGCUGUCUUUGACGCAAUUAUGGUUUGCAGCGGCCAUCACAUCCUCCCUCACAUCCCACUGGAGUCAUUUCCAGGUAUCGAGAGGUUCAAAGGUCAGUAUUUCCACAGCCGCCAAUACAAGCACCCAGAGGGAUUUGAGGGGAAACACAUCCUGGUGAUUGGAAUAGGAAACUCCGCCUCAGAUAUUGCCGUUGAGCUGAGUAAGAAGGCUGCUCAGGUGUUUAUCAGCACCAGACAUGGUUCCUGGGUCAUGGGUCGUAUCUCUGAAGAUGGUUAUCCCUGGGACGUGAUCUUUCACACCCGAUUUAGCUCCAUGCUCCGAAACGUUUUGCCACGAACAAUUGUAAAACAGAUGAUGGACCAACAGAUGAAUCGGUGGUUCAACCACGAAAAUUAUGGUCUUGAACCUCAAAACAAAUACCUUAUGAAAGAACCUGUAGUAAAUGAUGACCUUCCAAGUCGUAUACUCUAUGGAGCCAUCAAGGUGAAAUCCAGAGUGAAAGAGCUCACAGAAACUUCUGCCAUCUUUGAGGAUGGAACAGUGGAGGAGAACAUUGAUAUCAUUGUCUUUGCAACGGGAUAUACUUUCUCUUUUCCCUUCCUUGAAGAGUCAUUUGUUAAAGUAGAGGAAAAUAUGGUCUCACUGUAUAAAUGCGUGUUCCCUCCUCACCUGGAGAAGUCAACCUUUGCAUGCAUUGGUCUCAUCCAGCCCUUGGGUUCCAUUUUCCCAACAGUUGAACUUCAAGCUCGUUGGGUGACAAGAGUUUUCAAAGGCUUGUGUACCUUGCCCUCAGAGAGGACAAUGAUGGAGGACAUUAUCAAGAGGAAUGAAAAAAGAAUUGACCUGUUUGGAAAGAGCCAAAGCCAGAUAUUGCAGACCAAUUACAUUGAGUACUUGGACGAGCUCGCCUCAGAGAUAGGAGUGAAGCCACACUUCCUCUCUUUCUUGUUAAAAGAUCCUAAACUUGCUGUGAAACUCUAUUUUGGACCCUGCAACUCCUACCAGUAUCGCCUGGUUGGACCUGGGCAAUGGGAAGGAGCCAGGCAUGCCAUCCUCACUCAGAAACAAAGGAUAUUGAAGCCUUUGAAGACGCGGGCUCUACAAGAGUCAGCUAAUUUCCCAGUUUCCUUCCUGUUGAAAAUCUUGGGACUUCUUGCUGUUGUGGUGGCCAUUUUCUCCCAACUUCAGUGGUUCUAAUCUGUCAGCAUUAAUGUGCCUUUGGCGGUAAUGUCAGUCAGUACAUC